UAUAAACUGAGCCAUCAUUUCAAACUGUACAUUUAAGCGAAAGACAACCUCAAAAAUAUAAAUGAAGCUGAUAAUCGUACUGAGUUUAGUGGCGCUGAGAGCGGCAGCGCCUGCCGGCGGUCCACGGGAUGAAAGCAUCAAAUCACCUGGGAUAAAUAGUUUAAAUAAUUUCUACAUACUGUCCGAAAUUACCAAACAGAACAGCAGGUUAUCGCUACAAAAUCCAGUUGAAUAUACCGGCGAAUUCUACCUCGACGGCUCUGAUGGCUACACGUAUCUCGUCACAUAUACUCUGACAGAUCUUUCGAAGGACAAUCGUACAGAUUAUACAGCAGAGCAAGGGCCUGGAUCAGCCCCAGGAGGGUUACUUGCAAGCUUGGUUGGCGGCUAAUCAAAUUUAAACGGCUAACAAACGGUUAUAGUUGAAGAAAUAUAACAAAAUUGUUUAAA